UCGAAAUUUUGGAUUGGAAGAAACAAAUUUAUUUUUGAAACAAAUUCUGUGUCGAGCUGGUGUCAUAACGAAUUGUUGAUGGAAUAUUUCAACAAGAUGGACGGCGGAGGUGGCUUCGUGCGGGCGGGGUUGCUGGGGCUCACACAAGGGGUGUCUCUGCACGACCCCCUGCGCCUCCACCACGCCCUCCACUCGCAGGCGACGGAGAGCGUGAAGGAGGGCGCCACCACGUCCCUCCUGCGGCCGCUCACCGACUACCCCCACCUGCCCCUCCUCCCGUUCACCGCCCCGCCCUUCCUCCACCCGCACCUGGACCCCCGUCUCCCCUUCUCGCCCUCCGCCUUCCACCCGCUCCACUCGCACGCCCACGAGGCCCACGCCCGCGCCCAUGAGGUGGGCGGGCCCAAGCUCCCUCCGCCGCCCACGUCAAGCCUGUCCGGGUCGGCCUUCUCGCCGCUGCCGGCCAAGACCGCCAAGAUGGAGGACGGCUGCUCCACCUCGGCCAUCCCCAGCUCCUCGUCGGGCCUGUUCUCGCCCGCGCUCCUGGCCUCGCUCGACCCCAGGACGGCCUUCCUCACGGGCGGCGGAGGCGGCGGCGGCGGCGGCGGCGGCGGCGGGGGCAUCGGCGUGCUGGAGGAUCGGCGGGAUUCACCGUCGCCGCGGGGCUCGCACGGCUCCAGGGAGUCGCCGGGCCACGCGAGGGACACCGACACGCCCAACUCCAACAGCGACGAGCCCAAAGGUGAGUCUGGGUUCGCCUUGGGCGGCCCUCGGGUGGCGGGGGCAGAGCCGCUCGUGGCUCCGCCCUUACGGAGGCUGCAGGCGCGGCCGCGGCAGGCUUCCGCUAUGAAAUGGCCGCAUGCAUGUGUAGAUGAGAGACCUCAGUAUGUAAAUCCCGGUAUUCCAGGCACCUGCAUCGCCGCUCCCGGUACCCCCGGUCCCGGUAUUCGAGUAUUUGAGAGAUGGACGGCGAACUGCGUGUCUGUAAUGCCCGUAAUCUUCGCAAGGGUACGUGAAAACUUCAGCUCAAACUCGCCUCGGCAGUUGCUGGUCGAGAUCGAGUCCUUUUUAAUAAUGCAGACAUUAACGUCUAAUUAUUCACUGGAAUGCCGCCGCUGGCCCCGCGGUCGCUGGCCGUCCACAGCGCGGUGUGCCGGCGGUCGCUGA